CAAAGCUGGUCGAAGGAGGCUUAACGGUCAGCGCGUGCUCUGAUCCUCAGCAGCCAAGCGAAUGCCCAACCGGUCUUGCAUAUACUCAGCACUCUAAGCGCAUGAGCACGCAGGGCCCAGACGGCACUCGUAAUCAAAUACCGAGAACUGGAUGCAGGUCUGGGAGCUGGCACCAUUAAGGGCAAACUAUGUAUAACCACGAAAGCGAAACUCCAUUAACUUUAACACUAUAUAUAAAUCAAGAAUAAUGCAGAUAGCGAGCAAAUGCGUACACCUACACGGGGGCCCCCUUAUCUAAGUACUUCCAUGCUGUUCGUAGGUCCUCGGAUAAAAGGAGAGAUUGAUAUUAAUCUUAGACAUUUCGGUAAUAACGAUCGAUCCCAGAUACUUCGAGUAGUUCCACUGCUCGUCUUGAAGAUAGUGAUAGUACGACUUAUGAUUGGUCUUUCUUCUUCCCUUUUCUGCUUCUUCGCUGUAUCUUUCGAUCGGCCUUCGUUUCUUAAUCAUUUAUGCCAAUACCACGCCACGGAAGCCGCUAAAAUAUGAUCAGUCCGCCCAGCAGGGUCCAAUUUGUCACCUUUGACCUAAAAGGCGUGACAGAUUACUCGGAAAUGAAGCAGUUCCGGAUUCAUAUCGAGUUCACAAAUCGCCACAUAUUAAGGCUGUACGUAAUUCAUCUUCAACGGCAUCCUUGAAACGUUUCUGGGGGAGUCUCACAGGGAAAUAGUUGGCGGAGCUGAGCGAUGAAGUGCGGAGAGCUCUAAAAAUACGAAGUGAGGAGUUACGGCACUUGAACGUCGCAUAUGCGUGAUCUAAUAGAUCAUAUUCACUCUUGGCAUACCUUGACAUUGAUAAUGAAGACAUAUAGAAACCCUUCCGCAUUUAAGAGCUCAGACGCUUAUGCUGAUUGAUAACCAUGAGCAUCUUUCUUAAUCUUUAAAUGAACCAACUCUUGACUUAACCACUUUUGUGUCGUCAUGCUUUUGACGCAGUUGUAGCUAUUGCUUGAAUGCAGUUCAGAUAAAAAUAUGAUUAAUUUAUAAUUGAGCAGUAGAAGUAGUUUUAUUAAGGCAGAGAUCAGGGCUCAGGGUUUCGGUUUCUUAGCGUUUAGGUCAACUAGGAGAUUAAGUUCUACACUUUUUGAAGUAGUUGUGAGUGUGGGUGCAGGCUCGAUAAUACAACGCAAGGCUUGUUGAUGAAAAUAUGGAGGCAACGGCGUCUAACGUUGACGCACGCAGGCGAAAGUGUUGAAUACCUUGUCUCCGUUAAACAAGAUGGGAAGCAUAAGAUCGUGUGGAAAGGUCGGGCGAACGCGUUGCUACAAGGCGUCACGCUUAUGGACAGGAGCAGGCGUCUCUCACGUGUUUUUUUCUCCCAUCUUCAAUCAUGAUCCUCAUUCUAAAACUAUAGCUCUCUUAUUUAAUAGAGGGAAUGAUAAUAUAAUUCCCUCUAUUUUUAAAUACCGCGCGCUGCUCCUGCUCUUUCUUCUUUUUCCUGAGUUCCGCCACUCUAUUAACGACCACAUGAUACUUUCCUGAUACGAAUAUGUAGCGUUGAUCUUGAUUAUUUCAUUAACAAUGACUAACCUAUAUCUGAAUGGUUCCGGUAUUUGGUAACCUGAAUUUGAUCCUAAGGGAAAACAAGAAGAGAACCCUUAGGAUCAAACUCAGGUUACCAAAUACCAGAGCCAUACAAUAUCUGAAUUACGACAGGGGCAGACACUACACGACAUACCCGCGUCCCUUCAAGUUUGCCAAGAUGAAAGAGCAUCAAGUUAAGGCCGAUGGUAAAAAGUUCAUCAACCGAUAUCGAUAAAACUACGCUUUAAUUAUCAAAAACUCCGUGAAGGGCUGGCACAACUAGUUCAUGAGUGAUAGAUUUUGUCUCGUGAGUGUAGAUCUUGGACUUCAGAAGAUCUUGGACUCCGCAAGAGCUCGUCUGUGUAGAUCUUGCGAGCUGCUCUAAGAAGGAAGAAGUAGCAGGGAGAAGAAAAUCCUAGUCGUCCCUUCAUACAACGCCCGUUGGAAGACCAGACUUAAGGCUCACAGUAAUUCACCUUUACAGUUCAAAUUUUCCUGCCCUUCUGCUUCUAUUUCUCUCCGAGAUAUUUUUUGACGAUAGUAAUUCAUUUUGUGGCUCAUUAAAUAGCUCAUGAGUGACUCACUUUCUUCCAGCGCAGAGCAGCUCAUCUCCUCUCUGCUGGACGAAGAAAAGGCGAUGAACUAAUGCGAUAGAAGAGGGGAACUGAGACGGAAUGCCCUCUAAAAGAUGAUGCACCACACUUUCGUCGGCCAAUUCAG